AUGAACGCGAGCCUCCAGCCCACCCAAGGACGAGAGCAUCAAGAGAGCGUCAAUACACCGGAUGGAUCACUCUGUGUCACCGCCAUACGGGAGCGCGCGGCCGUACACAGAGCUGCAUCUUACAAUGGACGGGAUCUCGGAGCGCACUCCCGUGUCGCUGCCAUGGACAGCGAGCUCGCAGCUAUUGAUAGUGCCCUCGCCGACUUCCGACGUGAUCGUAACUCCUUGAUCCUCGCGGCCGCCUGCCCGCCCGAGAUCUUGUCGUCCAUCUUCCUCUUCCUCGCCGACCUCGAACCCAACUACUACUCAGACCCCGAUGAAUACCUGGAGCUGGUAACUCGGAAACCGCGCCCUCGGCAGGGCUGGAUGAAAGUCAUCAAGGUCUGCCACUCGUGGAGGGCUGCAGCGUUCGCGGAUGGUCGACUGUGGACCACGGCUACGACGACGAUGGGUCUGUGGUGGACGAGGGAGAUGGUUCGCUUAAGCAAGAACUUUUCCCUGAGUCUCGACCUGCGAUGCACUGCGUCGCCUGGGAAGGAGUACUAUCCGUUCACCCUCAUCACCAAGAACGCGCAUAGGCUAUCACGACUACAGGUCCUGUGCAGUGCGAGAGGAGGCGAGCGGUUAGGGAGCCUUUGCAAAGAGCCGGCACCUAUGCUCGAAGCGCUUUACAUCUUUGUGCGCGAGCGCAAGCAUCAGCUUCCCGAUGACGUCUUCGCCAAACACAUGCCGCGUCUUCGCGAGCUGUAUCUUCAUAACGCUGUACUGUCGUGGGAUCUUCUGCCCGGCUUGCGUCUCACGCACCUCACGUUGACAUCCAAUGAUUGUUGA